UGCUUGCCCCAAACUCCGCACUGGGAGGGAGCAUUUCCAGCCCCUCAGGAUGGCCACCAUCACCUGCAACCGCUUCACUGAGGAGUACCAGCUCUUUGAGGAACUGGGCAAGGGCGCUUUCUCCAUCGUCCGGAGAUGCGUGAAGGUGCUGGCAGGACAAGAGUAUGCGGCCAAGAUCAUCAAUACCAAGAAGCUCUCUGCUCGAGAUCACCAGAAGCUGGAACGAGAAGCCCGGAUCUGCCGUCUCCUGAAGCACCCCAACAUUGUGAGGCUCCAUGACAGCAUCUCUGAAGAGGGCCACCACUACCUGAUAUUUGACCUGGUCACCGGCGGGGAGCUCUUUGAGGACAUUGUGGCCAGGGAGUACUACAGCGAAGCAGAUGCCAGCCACUGCAUCCAGCAGAUCCUGGAGGCCGUCCUGCACUGCCACCAGAUGGGGGUGGUUCACCGGGAUCUGAAGCCGGAGAACCUGCUGUUGGCAUCCAAGCUGAAGGGGGCUGCCGUCAAGCUGGCUGACUUUGGCCUCGCCAUCGAGGUGGAGGGCGACCAGCAAGCGUGGUUUGGUUUCGCCGGCACCCCGGGAUACCUGUCCCCCGAGGUGCUCCGGAAGGAUCCCUAUGGCAAAGCCGUGGAUCUGUGGGCUUGCGGUGUCAUCCUCUACAUCCUGCUGGUUGGGUACCCACCCUUUUGGGAUGAAGACCAACACCGACUCUACCAGCAGAUCAAGGCUGGGGCUUACGAUUUCCCCUCCCCUGAAUGGGACACAGUCACUCCUGAAGCAAAAGAUCUCAUCAACAAGAUGUUGACCAUAAACCCCUCCAAGCGCAUCACAGCUGCCGAGGCUCUGAAGCACCCCUGGAUAUCGCACCGUGCCACCGUGGCGUCAUGCAUGCACAGGCAGGAGACUGUGGACUGUCUGAAGAAGUUCAAUGCCCGCAGGAAGCUGAAGGGAGCCAUCCUCACCACCAUGCUGGCCACCAGGAACUUCUCCGGAGGCAAAAGUGGUGGCAACAAGAAGAAUGACGGCGUGAAGAAAAGAAAGUCCAGUUCCAGCGUUCAGUUAAUGGAAUCGUCGGAGAGCACCAACACCACCAUUGAGGACGAAGACACCAAAGUACGGAAGCAAGAGAUCAUUAAAGUCACGGAGCAGCUGAUUGAAGCAAUAAGCAAUGGCGACUUUGAGUCCUACACGAAGAUGUGUGACCCUGGAAUGACUGCUUUUGAGCCUGAGGCUCUGGGCAACCUUGUGGAAGGCCUGGAUUUCCACCGAUUCUACUUUGAAAACCUGUGGUCCCGGAACAGCAAACCUGUGCACACGACGAUCCUGAACCCCCACAUCCACCUGAUGGGGGACGAGUCUGCCUGCAUUGCCUACAUCCGCAUCACGCAGUACGUGGACUCUGGAGGGAUCCCCCGCACUGCCCAGUCCGAGGAGACCCGCAUCUGGCACCGCCGCGAUGGCAAAUGGCAGAUUGUUCACUUCCACAGAUCCGGCGCGCCCUCGGUCCUACCGCAGUAAUCCCUCUGAAGUGUGGCCCUGCCCGUGCUGGGUUUGUCACUGACUGACUACCAAGGGGAGACCCCCUCCGACAUGUUCACCUACGGGACUUUGGCUGUUGGCUCCGCUGCUUGGUUCCUGCUGGAAUAACCCCUCGCUUCUCACCGCACACACACGACAGCCCCGCCAGUGCAGCACAAGCAUCCAUCAACCCCCACCCCGCCAGGGUCACAGCGCUGGGCCCCCUUCCUCUGCAUGAACCAGAACAAGAGAAACCAUGAACUCAAACCCAAGCAUCUGGCUGGUGUACAGGCCCCCCUCAUCGGCUGUACAGCGUCAGUGGCCUUCUCACUCAGCACAUCUCCUGAACUGGGCUCAGGCUCAUCAUCCACCUCCUUCCCCACCCCUGCUGGAAGCCCUCCGAGGAAAGGGGGGCAGUUUUGAGCUGCUCUCUGCUGCAUCCUUUGUUAUGGUGGAUUUUGCUUUGCUGCUAUCGAGGUCCCUGUCUGCUGCCAUGACUCCUGCCUGCUCCCAACCCGAGUUCCUCCCUCCCAGCAGCCUCUUCCAGGGAACUGCAACUCAAUCCAUUUGCCAAGUCCAUUUUUCAUGCAUACCUGUGCAAGGAGGGCCGUGUUUGGAUGGGUGAGUAAAGGCUAUCUGUUCAUUUUCUCUUCCCAGCAUAGGCUGGCUCCUUCCCAGGAGAGCAAGUAGGUUUGCACCCUGGUUCCAGGGCAACUGCCGUGCCAAGAAGGAUGCUCUCCCUUCUUCCUCCCUUCUCCCUUUGGAGCAGAGACUGGCGAUGCUGGGAGAAGAGAGGAGGAGAAUGACAACUGCUUCCCAUCAGCACAGACGGGAGCUGGGGCUCUCCCAUCCAUGUCGGGGCAGCAGCACCGCCCCUGCAGUCUCCUCUUCCUCACCCACCACCCAGCCUGGAUCCUUUACCCCAGCACCCACCCCUGCCCCCCACACGCAGCACUGGCGUUCCCUUGCUCCCGACUCCCAGGAUGGGAUGGGGGCAGCCAAGCUGGCUGCUGGCUCGGGGCACCAACCUCCAUGGCCCCCAUGACUCCUUCCAGCGACAACAAGGAAUGCAAGCUUUAGUGACAAACUGCAGAAUCUGAUUGUGCUUCAACGACAACAAACAAGCCUUUCGCUGUCUUCUCCUUUGAGCGCAUGCCUUUUUAUAGGGAAAACAAACCAACCU